AUGUAUGUUUCCAUCUGGAUGCCCACACAGAUGACUUCCCUCUUCUGUUUCAUCAUCCUGUCAAGCCUGGCAGUCUCAUCCCAACUGGGUUUGGAGGAGGUUUUCUUCAGUCCUGAGGACCAGACAGUCAGAGAAGGAGAGGGAGUAUUCUUCCAGUGUGUGUCAGGGGAAAGUUCAGCUCCUGCAAGCAUCACCUGGCUUAAAGAUGAGACGCAGGUCACAAGAGGAAGACAGAUUCAGGGUGAGUAUGGAGGUGGGAACGGGAAGAAGACUUCAGGCACCCUCCACCUUUUCAACGUAACAUUAGAAGAUGUUGGGAUGUACGUUUGUGUCACCCACAAUCCUUCACUACACAUCAGCAAGAAGAGCAGGCCAGCUAAACUCACAGUGCUGGGGGUCCCUCAAAGGCUGCAGAUAGUCCAGGGCCCUGAGAACAUCACUGUUGCUACGGGAACAGAGGUCUUCAUGCACUGCGCUGUUCGUGGCUUUCCUGUUCCCAUGGUGCACUGGUUCAAAGACAACGUCCUCCUGACCAACUGCUCGUCCUCGUUCAACCUCCAGAACAAUGGACAGCUGCUCACAUUCAGAAAUGUGACCAAAGAAGACGAGGGCUUGUAUCAUUGUGAAGCGUCGAACCAGGAAGAGUCGAUCAGGUCACAGACAGCCUUUCUUCUUCCAGCAGACAUGGACUGGAGUUUCAUCGAGCAGCCGACAAACCUGACAGUGAAAAGAGGAGAUAACAUAACUGUCCCCUGCAGGCCACCGUACAGCAGACCAGCAGCUCAUGUGUCCUGGUUCAAAAACAACAAACUUCUCACUCAAACAAACCAUGUGACUGUGCUACCCAGUGGAGACCUCCUCUUCCACAGUGUCCAAGAGUACCACAGUGGGAGCUACUUCUGCAGAGCCUCCAACAACCACAUCCAAAGAUUCCUCACCUCCAGAAGAGCCACCCUGACUGUCCUGGCCCCUCCGUCAGUGAAAGUGUGGCCCCAGGUGUUGACGGUGCCUAUGGGUGCUCGGGUGGUGGUGGAGUGUCAGGUGCAGGGUCACCCUCUCCCGUCUAUCAGCUGGGUGAAGACAGGUCACUCCAAACAGACUGGAGGCAGGGUUUCUUUGGGACUGAGAAACGCCACUCUCCACAUCCAGUCAGCACGGAGCUAUGAUGAGGGAAUGUAUGUGUGUGAGGCCUCCAACACACUGGGUAAAAGCCACAGUGCAGCAACACUCAGAGUUGCUGUGAGUCCCAUCAUAGUGACAUUUGUAAGCCAGGUGAGCUGCUCGGUCGGAGCUUCAGCGGUUCUGCCCUGCAGGGCUGUAGGGAUCCUGCCCAUAAUGUACAGCUGGACCAGGGGAAGAGCCGAGGCACAGUCCCCCAUCAGCAACACUAAAGACAGACACAUUGAUGAAGAAGGAGGCCUCCGUAUUUCCAGUGUGCAGUACACUGAUGCAGGAGAAUAUUACUGUACAGCUGAGAACCGAGCAGGACGCCACCAAAGACGCUUCGUCCUCAGUGUCACAGCUGAACAUCGUCCAGCUGAUAGAGGCAAGCAGACAAGGCUGGUUUUGUCUGCUAGCACCAGCUCUAGCAAAGAACCACCAGCCUCUCAAUCCUGGGACUCUGCAGCUGAGCAACACAUUAAAAAAACACAACAUCCACCUGAAGAGGCAACAUGCUCUUCACCACCAUGUGAUGCUGCCUCAAACAGAGCGUCCACAUUUUCGUCAUUUUCAAGGGGAGCCGUGGCUGAGCUCAAGAUGUCACCAUCACUUGAACGUCUUUUACAGCACCAGCGGAGUAAACCAACAACACAUCCGACCCAGCCGUUAGUCACUCAGAUGCAGCCUCCUAUGUUACCACCUCCUCCACAUCCAAACUUUCAGUCAGUAGCUCUCCAAUCUCAUGCAGCAGUGACGGCUCGCCCACUUUUAAUUUCAAACAGUGAACCACCAUUAACAGAACCCCGAGCAUUGGUAACCAUUGGUGAAGUUUUGGGUGCAACCCUUCAGCAUGUAAGCUCUAAAAGUCAGUCGCAUAUGACAUUUACAUCGAAUGUUCAGCAUCAAGGCAGCGCAGAAUUAUUAAUGCAGUCUAAUUCUCAGGGUUUGGAAAUCGUCACUGAAACAUCUGCUUCUCAUUUACCAGCAAAGCUUUCCUUCAGUGCACCCUUUGGCUUUCUGAAUUCAAAGUUUGUGUCAUAUUCACCGUCACCGACACAAGGACUUACUAAGACGACCCACUUUGGUUCAGUCACCCCGUCUUUUGCCGCAAAAACUGAGUUUCCCUGGACUCCUACUCAGCCUUACCAGCUGGUUACCAAAAGUCAGUUUUACCAAACAUACCAUGAGCCAACUUCAACUCAGAUGUCUCAAGCCAAGCUUGAGCAUCUAAGUCAGCUUUCACCUCAGAGUACACAUCAGUCUUCACCAACACUCUCACAAACCUCUCAGUCUGAUCAUCAACAAUCUCCUACUCCAAGAUAUUUCCAAAAGUUCCAACUGGAGUUAUCGACAGUCCAGCAUUACCUGCCUGCAACACAGACUCCUCCUUCUCCAUUCACAAAGCCUCAGCAAUCCCAAUUCCACAACACACCUUCACCUGAACUGCUUAAAACAAAUUCAACUGCCUCUACAUUUUCUCAAACCCAGCCUCAAUCCUUUCAAACACAGAGUCCAGAGCUCCAUUCACAAGCUCUCCAACCAAGUACAGAAACGCCUCCAAUUCAACAAAGAAAUGAUUUCAUAACCCAGCCGCCAACCUCAACCAUGCAUUUUUCAGAUCAGACCUUUGAGCCUUCACAACUGGACCCUGAGAUCCCUGUUGUCCAUCAGGUCAACAUAUCUGAUCAGGUGCAAGUAAAUACAAGCAAGCCAGGUGAACCGAAUCAGUCAGCCAAAUCAGAAAAUGAGACAAGGCUUACAGAGUGGCUGAAGAGAAACACCUCCCAAUCCCCGAUGACCAGCAAUGACCCAAGAGUCACACAGCAAGCGCCAUCCUGGCUGCCCGUGCUGGAGAAACAUGACAUCCCCAUCGUGGUGGGAGUGGGAGUGUCUUUGGCCUUCAUCUUCAUCACUGUCACCUUCUAUUCAGUGGUCCAGAAGAAUGAACCGGCACCGACAAGCCGAGCAGCCCAGAGGAAUCUGGGUGUCCCCAUACGACACACUGAACGCCGAGCAGCAGGACGAACGUAUGAAAACAGAGCUUUUGAAGACGAUGACUGUGUGGCUGUGAUUGAGCAGAGCCCAAACACAUCAGACACCCGAGCCCAGCCUCCAGGACCCAGCCUGGUCACGGUGCAGAUGGAGCCUACAUUUGAGGAUAUUCUUGAGGACACACCACUCGCUCUGGACAACCACUCAGUCACUGUAGAGACGUAUCCCGAGCCUAUUCUUGACACAAAGAUUGAUCCAUCUCUGGAGGAGGAGAAGGGCUGCAGCCUGUCCCAGCCCAGCAUCCAGCUGCAGUGUGCUGAGGACUGGACCAGUAACAGAGGAGACAACCACAGCCCAUGUCAGGAUGCUUUACCUCCUCCAUCAUCCUUACCCUCUCGUUCCCCCUCCCCCUCUCCACCCUUCAGACCUGAGGCGGGCCUGCGCUCCUCUUUAACCCUGCAAAGUGCAGAGUCAUGCGGAGCACCCAUCCACCACAGCCUCAGCAUCUCUCCUGGAAACCCUCCCCUGCUCCUCUCCCACCACGUCUCCCUGGGCCUCACUACGGUAGCAGUUGAUGUCCAUUUUUACCCAGCAGCCACUGCUUCAAUGGCAGUAGGCACUAGCACCCAUAUCAAUUCAGUCUCUAAUCCCUCUUCAGGGGCUGCACCUUUGUUCGGCCCAACAUUAGCGAACAGUCAGGAGAGUGAGCAAUCCACUGCCAGAUUCAAGUAGCUACAUAUUAAGGCAUGCAGUUUUAUGAAUGACAAACAUCUUUGUUGCUAUACGACCAAUAAGGACAGAGUACCUCGUAGAGUGUGAGAGCAUCUUUAAAGGAAUCAUCCAACCAUUAAACAAGCAUUAAACCCGAAGCAGCGGCGCUCCUGCAUGUGAGCGGGUGUGGACAGGGGAGGAAAUGCUACAUUCAAAUUCAUGCUAGUUUUCCGUGACUACCAACCCUAGCUCUAAGAAGUUAGCUGAAUGCUUAAUUUUAGAGAAAUCAGGAGACAAGAAAAUAUUUAAUUUCACUAUUAUGUUAUUACGUCUGGCAUCUAAAACUGAACAAUAAGGGAUAUUACUUGAAUUAUUAGAAUUUUUAUUUUUAAUUUUUUUAUUUUGAUGUGUGUUCAAAAUUUGAGCCUGUGACUUAAGGUGAUUAGCUUUGUUUAGCUUAAAGGCUGAGGGCAGGGAAACACCCAGCACGUCACAAUAGAACACUUCUAAACUUGUUUUAAUACACAUAAUAUCUUGAGUGAAACAAAAAGAUAUACUUCAUCACUGAGAUCUGGGUGAACUGGCAAGGAUGUAUUUUAACUCUGACCACAGACAGGCUAGCUGUUUCCAUCUGUAUUCAGUCUUUGAGCUAAGCUAAGCUAACCCCCUCCUGCUUUAAGAUUCUACUCUCCAAACACGCUCUACAGAGGUAUCGAGCUCUUCACUAAACUCUUAACAAGAAGGUGAAUAAGCGAGUCUCCUGUGAGGUUGUCUUUUUCAUUUUUCAUUUAUAAAUAAAAGUGUGUUGAGCUGACAGUGUUUAUUAGCACCUUCAUUUGCUUGUAAAAGUAUCUUAUAGCUUUAGCACAGCACUUUCUGUGAUUCUCCCUGUGAGAGAAUUCACUGCUGUCAUGUUGAAGUUUAACUGUAGUACAGGUUGCUACUUUACACAACUUCUAGUCUUUGUAUAAUUUUACUUUCUAAGUUUUUUUCAACAGUUGAAAUAUGAGAGAGAAAAUGUAUGUGUAGUUUUAAUUUUAUAAUUACUGAUAUGAGAAUCUAAUGUUAAUGUUUGUGAAAUUGUUUUUAGUUAUUUUAAGUUAAUUAAGACCUGAAUGUGUGCGGUAUAGAUUUUUCAGUGAAACAGCCAAGGAUAUUUUACUUUUUCCCAAAACAGUGCAUGGUUUGGGGUAACAAAACAAUGACCUUUUCUCUCUCAUUUCAAGCUACUUGACUGUUAACACAUUUUUGAUACCAAAUGAGGCUAAGAGGAGCUGAACCAAUAAACAUUUACACAAUA